GGCCGUCAUUUCCGCUCCUUCUUCUGUGUGGCUCUUUGCCCGUGCCGAGCGAACUCUCCCUCACCUCGGCUGCGCUCCUUGAGGAGUAGCGAGCCUGCGGAACCGCAGCCAUGACUGAGGCUGAUGUAAAUCCAAAGGCCUAUCCCCUUGCUGAUGCCCACCUCACCAAGAAACUAUUGGACCUUAUUCAACAGUCAUGUAACUACAAGCAGCUUCGGAAAGGAGCCAAUGAGGCCACCAAAACCCUCAACAGGGGCAUCUCAGAGUUCAUUGUGAUGGCUGCAGAUGCUGAGCCGCUGGAGAUCAUUCUGCACCUCCCACUGCUGUGUGAAGACAAGAAUGUGCCCUACGUGUUUGUGCGCUCCAAGCAGGCCCUGGGGCGGGCCUGUGGGGUCUCCAGGCCUGUCAUUGCCUGUUCUGUCACUAUCAAAGAAGGCUCACAGCUGAAGCAGCAGAUCCAGUCCAUUCAGCAGUCCAUCGAAAGGCUCUUAGUCUAAACCUGUGGCCUCUGCCACAUUCUCCCUGUUGACUCCUCCCCCUGAGGUUGUGUAUCAUAUUGUCUGUGUUAGCAUGUAGUAUUUUCAGCUACUUUGUAUUGUUAUAAAAUAUUGUAGUACUA